GAGGCCCUGGCACAUGUCCAAGGGAGUCAACGUCAGUUAUAAAUACGUUGCUCAGCCUUCAUUGACGAUUAAGCUUUGUUCUAAAAUCCGUCCACUUCAGUCAAGUUCAUUCAGAAUCGAUCAUAUUUCGCACGCUGGACGUCGACCAUGUCUCCGAAUCUCACAACAACGGCAACUUCUGACACCACAAGCACAAGCACGGAUAACGAGCCUCUGUACCUCAACGUGGGUGGCACGCCCUUCGCAACAACAAGAGCCACACUUCUUUCGCACCCCUCCUCAUUCCUUGCGAAACUCCUUACGUUUGGUUCCUCUCCUCCCUCGUCUCAGACCACCUCCUCCACCUCCAGCUCACUGAGCCAGAACAGAGGAAAGAGCGUGGAGGAGGCACUUUUUAUCGAUGCGGAUCCUGAGAUUUUCAGGGUUGUGUUGACCUACCUCCGACGUGGUCGACUCAUCGUUCCCUCGGACCUGGUGGUCAUAGAGGCGGUGAUCGCCGAGGCGGAUUAUUUCAAUCUUCCAGGGCUCGUGUCCCUAGCCAAUGCCCUCCGUCCUCCCCCUCCACCUCUGCCGCCCAUGCCGCCGGUGACUAUGAUUGAAGAAACGUGGAUAUUGGGCAAACGCCCCUCAGAAGCGGAGUGGAAAAUAUGCGGACGCUCCGAGAGUUUCGCGAAUGAUAUGUUCGAGACGGUUUCUGAAGACGGACUGAGAGGUCUGAAGAGUCGUGUAAAAGCGAUGUUGUUCCUCCCACAAUUCAAUGGAGUACGAAAACUACCAUUGGUUAGUGCGAAGUCCCUGGCUGGCGUGGGAGACCAGAGGAUCCAUGAGAUUAAGCCCAAACAUUGGCCGUAUAUGUCGACAAAAGCUGACCCCUGGUGUGGAUGGGAUGUCGUGAGCGUCGAGAUGCUCGCGCCGGAUCUCAGGGAGAUGUGGUGUAAGGUUCUUGUUAAGGGUUGCCCAAGGGCAAGGUGUGAAAGAACAUAAUCUUUGUAAUUGAGUAACUUCAUUGUGCAGCCCAUGGACAUGAUGAUGCGACCAGGGGCAGAAACGGAAGAUUUCUCACGCUCUGAGAUGUUGACGGAUUCCAACCUCAACACAACCGGUACACCAAGAUGCUCCACCAAACCGGUCUUAUUGUUAGUUUUAUCACAUAUCCUCUUCAUACAACUACUUGUCAAUUCUGGUCCAACCGCUUACUCU